AAACACGUCCAGUUGCGGACCUUGCGGUGCCACGGCGAAAGGGAUAAAGCAAGAUUGACUCUGUGUCUUGACUUUGAAUCAAAGCAAAAUGGCCGUCAAUGGCUCCGUGUCAUAUACCAUUUGAUCAAAGCCAAACGCAUUGUCCCUGGAAUCGGAUCCUGACCGAACCCGAUCCGAAAUUCUCAGGCAGUCAGGUGCCCUUUACUUUGUUUGCAUCAGAGCUUCCGAAUUAGAGCGGAGCGGAACUGAUCGUUUUACCCUAGCCGGUGAUCUGAAUCCAACUAUGUCGUCCAAGUCUCUUCCUUACUCGAUGAAAGAUGUUGACUACGAUAACGCCAAGUUCCGCCACCGUUCAUUCUUUAAGGUUAUUACUCAGACCUUGUUCACUAGUAAAGUAAGGCGUGAUUGUCAAAGUUGCAGUACAGGGAAGUUUUUAGCGUUAGUAUUGUUGUUCGGUCUAUUAUAUCUUAUGUUUACACAUACAAGUCCUGCCCAUUCUGCAACUGAGAAUGAAGAAAACCUCAUUACGAAAGGUGGCAGCAGAUUGGGAAUGUUUUGGAGAAAACCACCAAGGCUUCCUCCACGUUUACCUCCUGAGGAGAAAGGUAGUGAUAGCAGCUUUAGUCAUGAGCAUGAGAAGCUAAAUGCUCCAUCAAAUUGGAUAUCUAGGCAACAAAGUGUUAAGAAGGCCUUUAUACAUGCAUGGUCUGGCUAUAAAAGAUAUGCAAUGGGUAGCGAUGAACUUAUGCCACUGAUCCAGCGGGGAGUAGAUGGGUUAGGAGGUCUUGGUGCUACCAUCGUAGAUGCUCUUGACACUGCCAUGAUAAUGGGUGUUGAUGAAGCCGUCUCUGAAGCAGGCUCAUGGAUUGAGGCACACCUUUUAGAUAGAAUUACUCAUAAAGGGCAAGUAAAUUUGUUUGAAACUACCAUACGUGUUAUGGGUGGUCUUUUAAGUGCAUAUCAUUUAAGCACUCGCGAAGAAGGGAUCAACAUGACACAUACAGGGCCUAAACCAGUUAUUUAUCUGGAAACUGCUAGGAACUUGGCUGAUCGUCUCCUAUCCGCUUUUACUUUCAGUCAAACUCCUAUUCCCUUUAGCGAUGUUGUUCUGCGCGAUUCCUCAGCACAUGCAGCUCCCGAUGGACUGAGUAGUACCUCAGAAGUUUCCACUUUACAGCUUGAGUUCAAUUAUCUCAGUGCUGUUUCUGGUGAUCCAAAGUACAGCAUAGAAGCCAUGAAGGUCUUGGAACAUAUGAAGACUCUACCAAAGGUGGAAGGACUGGUUCCUAUUUACAUUAGCCCUCACACUGGCGAAUUUAGUGGAGAAAAUAUAAGACUAGGAUCUCGUGGUGACAGUUACUAUGAGUACCUACUCAAAGUGUGGCUUCAGCAGGGAAUAACCCGAGAUAGUAAUUUGACCUAUCUAUAUGAUAUGUAUCAGGAAGCAAUGAAGGGUGUCAGGCACCUUCUUGUUCAGAAAUCAAUCCCAAAUGGACUAGUUUUUGUUGGCGAAUUACCUUUCGGAUCCAAGGGUGCCUUUAGUCCAAAAAUGGAUCACCUGGUGUGUUUCUUGCCGGGUGUUCUUGCACUUGGUGCCACUAAAGGCAUUACAAAGGAAAAGGCUAUGAGAGACAAUUUGCUUAACUUUGAAGACCUGGAGAAUCUGAAGCUUGCUGAGGAUCUGGCUAAAACAUGUUUUGAGAUGUAUUCAGUUACUUCUACUGGUCUUGCUCCAGAAAUUGCUUACUUCCAUACUGCGGAAUUUACUGAAGGAGGUCUAGAUGGUGGGAACAAGAGUUCUAAAUAUGUACAUGACAUAAUAAUCAAACCUGCUGAUCGCCAUAAUCUUUUGCGUCCUGAAACUGUAGAGUCAUUGUUUGUCUUGUUUCGUAUCACAGAAGACCCAAAAUACCGAGAAUGGGGUUGGCAGAUCUUUGAAGCAUUUGAAAAAUACACAAGAGUUGAUAGUGGUGGAUACAGUUCUCUGGAUGAUGUUACCGCAAUUCCCCCUAAUAGAAGGGACAAGAUGGAGACAUUCUUUUUGGGAGAGACGCUCAAGUAUCUGUACUUGUUGUUUGGGGAUACCUCUGUUAUACCGUUGGAUAAAUUUGUUUUUAACACAGAAGCUCAUCCUUUUCCCAUAGAAGGCACUAUUAAGAGGAAAUGAUACUUAUCACCUCCAAAGGAUUCAUGCAAAGGGAAGCUUGUAUAAGCUAAUAAACUAGCGUAUUUUGGAGCGGUCACAGACUGGAAUGCACCUGAGACUGACCAUUAUAUCCUCUUCAUGGUGUCCUAUAGCAUCUCUCUUUUAAAGGCAGUGAAAGUGCAUGGUCAGGUUGUGAAGACGUACAAGGGAGCUCUAAUUUGUUUCAUUUUUGGCACAAUGCAUCAGUAAUUAAAUCCAUUUUCUUCUGCAUCACCCGAAAAGAUUAGAGAGUGACAAAUUUUCUUGGACUUGGAGAGACUGUAAGAUGUAUUGUAUCAAUGGAUGUUUUGAGUAAUUUAUUGGAUGGGGUUUUGCCCAUCAAAAGUAUUGAGUGAAA